UGACGCUGGAACUACGGUGGGACGAAACAACACCCGUGAAUUUCUCAUUUUCAACACGCUCCACAUCAUCCUUCGAGGAUCUCUGGACAUGAUGAAGAACUCUGCCUGUCUGUCGACAGUAGAGAGUUAUGAAGAUGAUGACGACACCCACUUCUGCAUAAAAUGUAAUAUGACAAUCCAGGGCCUUGAAAAUUACGUACGUCAUCGUCAAACUGGAUGUGGCGAUAAAGAAGGACAUAUACCAACUUCAACUUCAGCAAAAGUAUCAUACCCAGAAAUUUUAAAUGCAGACGCCUUCUUCAGUUCUCUAGAACUCCAGAGUAGUUCCAAAUCAAACCCGCGCCGCACAACUUCAGCGGAUCGUUCAAGAAGGUCUGGAAAAAAUGAGGACCGAAAACGAAAAAGCAGAAAGGACAAAAGUCCUGAGGAUUGUACCUCCUCAAAGGAAAAACUGCACAACAUUUUGCCAGUCACUGAUCUAGAUGAUCCUACAGAUCACCUUGGAAUACCUUCUCUAGUCGGAUUCCCGGAUAUAGUCUCAACCAGCAAACCAUCAUCUUCUGGAAAAAUGACUUGUCACUCUCAGAUGGUUUCUUCCGGAAAGAUGGAUCACUCGGAUUUCCAUGGAAAGCAUGAUUCUAUGGAAAGUGUUAUAUCUAAACAGCUAGAUAGAAAAAGCGAGGACACUCAAAGACUAGAUCCGGAUCAUCCAGUUUGGCUAGAAGACAAUCUGUUGGUCGAUUUGGUUGGAAACUCAGUGAACAAAGAUAUAUCGAAUUCCAGUUCAAGCAGAUUCGAGGAUUUCGAUUAUCAAGACGAGGAAUCUGAAGAAGAGAGUAUGGAGGAGAAUGUGGAGGAAGAAGAAUCGUCUUCUGAAUCUGAUGAUGAUGAUAGAGCAUAUCCUCCUCAGAGUCACACUGGUGGGAAGUGGAAACCAGGACAUGGUAGCAUGUCCCAGAUGUCUCAAGAGAUUUCGCAUGAUCUCCAUGAUGAGGAUAUCGAGAUGGUCCUAGAAGAUGAUGAGGAGCAUCAUCAUCCUCCACCAUCACACACAGGGGGGAAGUGGAAACCUACCGAUAGCAAUUCCAUGCACAAACCUGAAGAAGAGGAAAACAAGAUCGUAGAAGAGCAACCACCACCGGGACACACGAAAGGGAAAUGGAUACCCGGAUCACGUGCUGAUAUAAGCACCGGAUAUUGGUGUAAUCCUUGCGGUAGGAACCUGGCUUCCCGCGUGCUUUACAAUAAGCAUCUGACCUCUUUCCUUCACGCCAGGAGAAGUAUGAAUGACAUUGAUGGUGAUGUACAAUUUCCUCAAGCCCUUCCCCGAAAAACGAGAAGACAAAGGGAUAUAGAUGAUAAAGUGGAGCAGAAUUCGGAGAACAAUCUCGUGGAACCUAACAUCAAGAAGCGGUUGCGCAAAAGAGAAAAGGAGUUCUUGACAUGCGAGAUGUGCUGCGCCCGAGUGCGCCGACCACAAAUGGGGAAGCACCUACUUUCCCAUUAUCACUGUCGAGUAGCAGGUGCAAACCCUUAUAGAGCGAAAGCUCAGCAAUUCCUUUUGCAGAACAUGGAGAACGUCGUUCGACAAUGUCCUUUUCAAUGUGCACCCUGUCGGUUUUACUGCAACACAGAGGACACUUUUUUGUUACACUGGCGUUCUUCCUUGCACCUGUCGAUUAUCAGCAAGAUUGAUGGAACGUUUAAGUGCAGCUCUUGUGCUUUUUGGUGUGAUGAAAACUCAACGAUGGAAAAUCACAUCUUGAGUUCUUCUCAUCGAGACCUAGUUGCUAUGAUGAAUCGUUCCAUUCCUGUUGUGAUAUCCAGACAACAAAACCUAAUGUGUCAUACUUGCGAGCAGUCUUUUAGAUAUAAUAUACAGUUGUGUCUGCAUGCAAAACAAACUGGACAUGAUGUAGACUACACUGCUACUGACGAAUAUCAAAAACGGAUUUCUUGCAAUGUUUGUGGAUUUGUGGUAAGAUCAAUGGUUGCCUUACAGCGCCAUCAACUAGCAGCUCAUCUAAAGGAAGGCGCGGCCCAGGAACCAGAGUUUGUUCCAGCGCCUUACUUUUGCUCUUUCUGUUCUUUGAGUUUCGAAACAGCAACAGAAGCUGUUCUUCAUCGAAGAACUGUAGCUCAUAAGGAGGUGGUUAAGGCAACAAAGUCGGAAAAUCUCUCGACUGCUAAAGACUGUCCUAAUUGCAAAUUUCGGUUACCUAAUCUUUUGGAGUACAAGAGGCAUCUUCUGGAGGCUCAUACUGAACUCUGUCACAGGUGUCCAAAAUGUGCGAUGAUUUUUGCAUUUCCUCAAGACGUCACAAAACACACCAAAGAUGGCGCAUGUGUUCCAAUAGAAAACUCAAAUGUUGCCUCAAACGAUGUAGAAUGGAGAUGUAGUAAGUGCAAUUUUGCAACCGAUUUGCAAUCCGAAUUUAUCUUCCAUGAAGCUCUUCAUGAAGGUCCUCUCCAAUCUGAAGACAGUGAACCUGGAACUAGCAAGUUAGGAAACUACCGAUGUCCUCUUUGCAAAAAAUGUUUCAGCAAGGCCAGUCUCCGGAAUCACAUCAGGGGUCACACCGGUGAUCGUCCGUUUCCCUGUACCAAAUGUAGCCUUAGUUUCGCGAGGAGGAAUGACUUGAACAUUCACCGAAAGAUUUGUGAGGGUUUCGCAAAUUCAGAGUUGGAGGAUGAGUCUGGUCGACGGAGAGACUUUGCCUGUCCAGAGUGCAAAAACGCCUUCUUUACCAAACAUUCACUUCGACAGCAUAUGAUGCGUCAUGAAGGCAAACAAUUUAAAUGUGGCUUACCUGGCUGUGCAACUGUUCUACGUUCCAAAUCAGAACUGAAAGCUCACAGAAAAAGAGUGCAUGGUAACCCCAGUGAACUUUUCAAAUGCAGUCACUGUCCUUAUAUUGCAAAAAUCCGAUGGCAACUAGCUCGACACGAACGAAAACAUGAGGAACCUGAGAACAUUGAAAAAUCUAAACUGUAUUCCUGUCCUUUCAUCGGCUGCAAUUUUCGAGCAGUCUCAAAUAACCAUAUAAAAAGACAUGUUCGUACAAUCCACACUAAUGAGAAGCCUUACAAGUGUCGAUACUGCACAUAUGCUAGCAGCACUCUGGAGAAUCUCAGGAAACAUGUCCUGUUGACAACUUUGCACGUUGGCAAGACGAUUUACGAAUGUGACAUAUGUGUCGCGCAGGGUGUAAUAAAACCAUAUUGCACCAAUUUCUCCAGAGAACUCCGAGCUCAUCUGGUUGACACUCACUCGGAUGUAUAUCCAACUGCAGAGGAUGUGAAUACUUUUAUAGCUAAUAUUUUCAAUUGUAAUCGUCCUGUAAGCGAAUCUGAAGAAGUGAUUAAAAAUUAAAUGUUUUAUAUGUUUUGUAAUAAAGUAUAUGUUAUGAUUAAAAAAAA